AUGGCCAAUAGAAAAGACGAUGAUGAGUCUAGUGAGAGACGUAUAUUUUCACAUUUAGGAUAUCCAACUGCUCCCCCAUAUCCUCCUCCAACUGGAUAUCCAGCAACAGGCUAUCCUCCUCCAGGAGGGUAUCCCCCGACAGCCUACCCUCCACCUCCAUAUCCACCACCACCCGGAGGGUAUCCUCAUUCUGGUUACUAUUCUUCAGAAUAUCCACCUGCAUAUCCACCACCACCAGGAGGGUAUCCACCUCCUGGAGGGUAUUCUCCUACUGCCUAUCCUCAUUCAGGGUACCAUCCACCAGCUUAUCCUCCGUCACAUGGUUAUUCACAUGCUCUGCCUCCAUAUUUUGCAGGACGCGGGUCUGGCAUGGGAGGAUUGUUGGCAGGGGGUGCUGCUGCUGCCGCCACGGUUUAUGGUGCUCACCAUUUGGCACAUGGAUAUCAUCGUUAUGGACAUGGUGGUUACUUUGGUCACGGAAAGUUCAAGCAUGGGAAGUUUAGCAAGCGUUGGAAGCAUGGAAGGUUUGGAUUUGGCAAGUUUAAGCAUGGUUGGAAAAGGUGGAAGUGA